CGCCAGGACUUCAAACCUGAGAUCAGGGCCACUUUGAUCUCCUCCUAGCCCUUAGCGCUCAGACCGGGCACUUCCCUCUGAGCCCCAGUGUUCCUUGCCAUAAAAAGUAGGCAUAGAAAUGUCUAAGCUCGUCGACACGUAGAGGGUGCGCUGUAAAUUUCCUUUCCUCUCCACACACUUCUCUUUACCAUGGGUGCUUUUACCACUGCCCUUCCCUGAGCCGGAGAGUAGCCCAGGCUGCCACACCAGACUUGCACCCAACUGCUCCCGCUGCACGCCUCUUCCUCAGCGCCGAAAGCCAGGCUGAUGAUGGACCAGCAGGAGGAAGACGAUGAUGAGGACAUGUGGCUGCAGCUUCGGCCUGUCGAGCCCUUGCCCUCCCAGUGCUGCGGCAGUGGCUGCUCUCCCUGUGUGUUUGACCUCUAUCACCGAGACCUGGCCAGGUGGGAAACUGCCCGAGCCUGCAAGGACAGGAACCUGCUGACUGGGAAGGAGCCACAGAGCUCCCCCUCCAAGCUGAGCCCAGAGACCUUCCUGGCUUUCCGCAUCAGUGCCAUAAGCAAACUCACUAAGGACACCUACCAAGUCCGGUUUGCACUGCCCGGGAACAGCCAGCUCGGCCUGCGACCUGGCCAGCACCUCAUCCUACGGUACGUCAGAGGGAGAGUAGAUGACUUAGAGAUUCAGAGAGCAUAUACGCCCACCAGCCCUGCCAACGCAAAGGGCUACUUUGAAGUUUUAAUCAAGUGCUACCAGACUGGGCUGAUGUCCCGCUACAUCGAGUCCUGGAAAGCAGGAGACACGGCUUUCUGGAGGGGACCCUUUGGAGGCUUUGUCUAUAAACCAAACCAGUAUGGGGAGCUCCUCAUGCUGGCAGCAGGGACUGGGCUGGCCCCUAUGGUGUCCAUCCUGCAAAGCAUCACAGACAAUGCGGAUGAUGAGACUUUUGUCACCCUGGUCAGCUGCUUCAAGACCUUUGAAAGUAUCUACCUGAAAACCUUCCUCCAGGAGCAGGCCCGUUUCUGGAAUGUCCGCACCUUCUUUGUACUCAGCCAGGAGAACUCCCCGGAGCAGCUUCCCUGGAGUUACAGGGAGAAGACCCGCUUUGGCCGCCUGACCCAGGACCUGGUGGAAGAGCUUGUGGGCUCCUGUCGGAGAAAACCCUAUGCAUUGGUCUGUGGCUCGGCCGAAUUUACCAAGGACAUGGCCAGGUGCUUGCUGCAUGUGGGCCUGGCGGAGGACUCCUAUUUCCUCUUCUAGUCUUGACCUGCCUUCCUAAACCCAGAUCAGGGCCCAGCCUACGGGACACAGGAAGGAGCACUGACUAGAGUCAGAAGAUGUGAAGAGGCCUGGCCCUGGUGCUCGCUUACCAGGUGACCUUGGGCCAAUGUCUUUACCUCUGAGCCAGUGCCUCCCUGUUUCUCAUCUACCCCAGCUCAUUUCUGACUCCCUCAGGCAGGCAUCUUGCUGUGUGGAGGAAGGAUGGGGCUACAGGACCCUGGGGAGGAGACUCCCUGGAAGGAGCCAGGUGCACACUGAGCCUCAGGGUGAGUAGGGAUUGGCAGGAGAAGGGACACAGGCUUUCCCUGGACCCCUCAGUUUAGAGGGCUUGGAGGGGCUCCUGUUGGACCGUGCCUGGUAAUGCCUGUUUCAAAGCCUGAUUUCAUGGAUACUGUGUCUGUGCCGGGGCCUCAGUGAUGGCUCAAGUUAGGUGCUUGCUACGUGUUUAGGCGAUGACCACGAGGGAGACUGAGAACCCUCUGAAGGAGGAAUUUGAAAGAAGAAAGUUCCCUGAGCCUGACACAGUGAAGGACUUGGUCCUGUGACCUGACCACAUCCUCAGAGGGAGGUGGGGCCCUGGAGUACCUUUGUUUUGUGUUGGCCCAGGCCUUUCCUGCGGCAAACAGCUUCAGUCUCCAUUCCCUGGCCCAAGAUCCCAGCCCAGAGUCCUUUCCCCAGCAGAAGAGGCAGGAAAGCAAGCAAUAGCCCCUCCUUCCUGCACACAGCCAAGUCAGCCUUCAGCUCAGGCGCCCUGGUGACGGUUGCUAUGGAGAUCUAAAGAUAGAGCAGGAGUCAGGAGACCUGGGUCCUUCUCCCUGCUCUGCCCACUGAAUGGCUGCUGAUUCCCAUCCACCCACCACUCCCCUCCCACCCCGCCCCUCCAUCCUGCAUGGGGCAUGCCCUCUCCAGGGAACCCAGCGCUCCUGGGCAGCAUGCUGCAGUUAAUGAAUUCUGCUUUUCGCAGCCUGAGCUCCGGUGUGCUGCACCAGCUCAGGCUGACUACAGGCAGUCCCAGAAUCAGAAUAUUAACCAUGGAAUCUCAGAAUCCAAGAACCAUUGAAUGGGAGAGUUCAGAUUUUACAGUCAUAGAAUCACAGUCCUCAACAUAUCAGAGGUUAAAAUCCAGGACUCCAAAAAGCAUCCAGCCUAACCAGCACAUUGUAUAAACUGGAAAAGCAAGGCCAAGUAAGCUCAGUGUGCUACCCACUUAGCUUCACAUUGCAUGGCGGGCCGGCACGAGAAGCCCGGUCUGUUUUCAACCCUGUGCUCAGAGUUCUGUAUCAGGGUCUAGUGAACUGGGCUCCACAGGACCCUGGGUUCCUUGCAUGGCAACAGUGAUGCAAGGGCCAGAUGGAGUAUACAGGCUCCUCUUCAACCAGACCAGUUCUAUUUUUAUCCCAUUUAUAUAUUGAAGUUAUUUUCACUUGUGAAAAAGGAGUUCCCUGCAAUACCCUAAAAGUUGCAACAAAUUUCUGUGCAGUGCAUGUUCAAUAAAUAAUAAUGACUGGGAGUUGGGGGACAGGGCCAAAGAUUUCAAACCAUUUCAGAGGUAGAAUUCCAUGGUCAAAUAAACGUGGGGGAUUCUGUAUGUGAUCUUUGCCAAGAAUCAGAUGCGCAUGAACACGUGAAGGACUCUGAACAUUCCAGUGGUAAACAGACUUUCUUCAUUUUAUUAAACCCCGAGUUUCCCAACUUAUUUAACUGUAGAACAUGUUCAUCCUCUAGACUCUCUUGAGACCAGAUUACAUGGAAUACACUUUGGGAAACACUGGUCUCUUGGCUUCUGUGCAGCAUAAUGGAAUGAGCAGGAAGGCCUCGCUGAAAGUCAGAGAUACAAGAGGGUCUUUGGUCUCCUACUGGUGGCUCUGGCAAGACCCUUUUCCUCUCUCAGGGCUUCUGAAAUCUGGGAUACUCCUUACCCUUCCCUCUCUGUCAGUUGGUGUGUCCUCUUGAUUCUACUCAGAAACGCUCCCGGACUUCCUUUGAAGCCAGACUGUCAUAGGCACCAAGGAAGCAUGAGUGAGCAGGCAGAUGCAGCCCUGGUAGGGUAGCCUCCUCUGGGGAGCUGACAGCCCAACCAGGAGGACAGACAUUAAACUUAUAGCUCUGAAAGGGACAGGUGUUGUGAAAAGUGAAGUCAGGAGAGG